AUGUCGAAACCGAUUUCUUUUGGCUUCGGCAAGCCAAAGUCCUCCCCAGCUGUUCAGACUUCAAAUAUACCCUCGCGCAAACUGGCAGCGCCCAAAGGCCGCUCCCGCGCCGCGCUUCGCCAUGAUUCAGACAACGAAGAAGAGGAAGAGCCUAGGCACGAGUCAGUCACUGGCUUCACGUCAAGUGGUGCUAUUCUAAGUCAGCCUACGCAGGAACGGACGGAAUUGGUCAUAAAGAAUGCUGGGAACAGCGACUGGCGACGACGAGGGCAAAAAAUUCUACUGCCGAGCGAAGUGCAAGCCAAACAACAAGGCGGCAAUGUUGUCACGGUGGAACAAGAUGAAGUCAGCAAAGCUAGUGGCUUACAGCUUGUUGACAAGACAGAGCAGGCGGAAGAGUCAGAUCCAGCUGCUGAGCAGCCGAGCAUGCCUCAACAGAAUGGAACAGAAUCCCCUCCAAAAGAGUUGACCGCGGAUGAAGAGGCGCUACACGCGCUAUUGGACGACAACUCUGGCAAACCGAGAUCGAAUGCCGUUAUAACCCAGCGGGGCAACAUACAGCUUUCGGCUCGAGAUGAAGUUGAAGACUUCAAGGACGAUGUAGCCGCAAGACCGGACCCGAGCACUCUUGAAGAGUACGCUGCGAUGCCCGUGGAAGAAUUCGGACUGGCUAUGCUGAGGGGGAUGGGUCAGAAGCGACGGGCUAACGGAGAAGUGAUCAACUUGAACCCCAAAACGGAGGACAAUCCUCGCAAGCUCCGAAAGCAGGAAGGAUUCCUUGGAAUUGGAGCAAAACCCGUGGCCGGGACAGACAUCGAGCUGGGCGCAUGGGGGAAGGCAGACAUGCGCAAGAACGCCAAAGGACAAGGGUUCUUCACGCCACUCAUGCGCGAGAACAAGGUCACAGGAGAGCGAAUCUCGGAGGAAGAAUUCCAGAAACGACUCAAUGAGUCGAAAGGAGGGAAGGCCGAGGAGGAUUGGAGGAAGCGAAGAGACCGCAACCUGGAGAACAGUGGUCGAGAUCGAGACGGAGAUCGCGACUCUCCGAGAAAAGGGAAGGACGAUUAUCGCAAUGAAAUGAACGGUUUUCCCCGGUCGGGCUCAUCAAAGCGAGACCAAGACGAUCGAGGAUAUUCUCGGUCAAGGAGAGACAAAGAUGAUCACGACUACGACACCUCACGCUCGAGAAAGGACGAUGAGAGGUCAAAAGAUCGAAGAAGGCGAAAUGAUGAAGAUUACGACGACCGUCACCGGGACAAGCAUCGAGAGCGCCACCUAGACGACGACAGGUACGAUUCAGGCUCAUCCCAUCGCAGUCACAGAGAUCGCGACAGAGACCAGGACAGGAAUGGCGACCGGCGCCAUCGAGAUAGAAGAUGA